GUUGAGGAAAAAAUGAAAAGACAUAAGGAAGAGUAGAGUGGGUGAGAGUCCGAGAAGCAUUUAGUUCACACGAUGUAUCUUGGUUCUCUGAAAAUAAAUUCCCUAUCUAUCCACUCUUAACUCAUCAUCAUCAUCAUCAUCAUCUAUGUAAUUAUUCAACUCUUGUAUCACAAUCCCAACUCCUUCUGUUGCUGUGUAAAUGGCACAUACUCAUAUUCGAUUACAAUUUCAAUUUCAAUUUCAAUCCCUCCGUCUCUCUUCUCCCUCUUUCUUCACUACUCUCCCUCCCAACAACCUUCUCUCUCUCCCUCCCUAUUCUUCUUCUCCACCCCAUUUCACACUCUCAAAACAUCAACACUUGCUUCCUUUCAAGGUAUGUGCAACUAUUUCUGAAACUGGUCAGCCAAAAUGGUGGGAAAAGAAUGCACCAAACAUGAUUGACAUUCACUCCACACAAGAAUUUCUUAAUGCUCUGAGUCAAGCUGGGGAUAGACUAGUUAUUGUUGAUUUUUAUGGGACUUGGUGUGCUUCUUGCCGAGGAUUAUACCCCAAGCUAUGCAGAACAGCUGAAGAACACCCUGAAAUUCUUUUCCUGAAAGUAAAUUUUGAUGAGAAUAAGCCAAUGUGCAAAAGUCUAAAUGUUAAAGUACUUCCUUACUUCCACUUUUAUAGAGGAGCUGAAGGGCAGCUGGAAUCAUUUUCAUGUUCACUUGCCAAGUUUCAAAAAAUAAAGGACGCCAUCAAAACACAUAACACAGCUCGAUGUAGCAUCGGUCCUCCAAAGGGAAUUGGUGAUUUGCUUCUUGAACCUUCCUCUGCUCCCAAGGAUAAACCACCAGAAUCUGUUUAAUUUUCUUACUACCUUCAUCCAUGCAUAUGUAGCUUAUAUGUUUGUAACCGAUUUGGAAGCUGUGGUCCAGAAAGACUUAUGAUGUUAAGGUUAUGUGUAAUUUGUAUAUUUACCCUUCUUUUUUUCCUCCUGUUUUAGAAGGAUAUUAAGCAGAAUUUGUCUAUUCUGUUUCAUUCUUGAUCAUUCAUUAGCUGAUUGUAAUCAUGUACUUGAAAACUUCAGAGAAAAUGACAGACAUGUUAGGUCUUAAGUUGUAUUUAUUUGUGCAUCUGUAAGCUGAAUACCACUUGUUAUGGUUUCAUUCUUUCGCUAAUUCAGUAGUCAGACAGUCAAAGAAGUUAUUAA